AUGGCAAAUGCGGUUAAUCCUCCCUGCGACUUGACGGGCUCAGUAGAUUCGGCAACCCAGGCCAGCAUCGAUCUUCUCGAAGGGAUUCAAACUUUGACACCAAAUUUGAAGCCUUUGCGUGAUUUGGCGAGCGAACUUGAAUCUUUAAAGGCAGUAUUGGAAUCGCUCGGCAAAACGAUUCAAACUUCUACAGAUACCAACCUUCUCAAACUUGUUCCUCCGUUAAACGAAUGUCGCAUGACCUGCAAUUGGUUCUGUCGAGCAGGCUUCGAACCGUUUGGGCAGGCCGUUAUGAGUGGUAGAUGUGGAAGAGGCUCGUCUGAUAGACAUAGGGUCGGAAGCUAUCGGAGACAUAUCGAUAAUCUGAGGCGGAUUCUUAGUGGGUAUACGUCGACAUUUCAAGUCGUGCUCUCUGCCCCAAAGAUUCAAGACCCAUUUAUUACAAUGGACGAUUUGGGAGUUAUCAAGAAGCUGAUCACGAACACCAUCGAAGAUCUGAAGGAUCUCAAAAACGAUGCCGAGGAACGAUCGAGCUUAUCUGCAAAGGUUGCGUUUCCUGGGGAGACACGACCUGUAAACCAAAAAGCGUCCAUUUUUGACUAUUGUCGUGAUCUUUGUGCAUCAUUCCUCGAUGAAUUAAAUCAGGUUGAGGCUACGUUAGCGGACCGAGCGAGUCACAGCAAGAAAGUACCGGCCGACGAGGCAUGGGAAUCGACCCGAAGGAAAAUCUCCCAAGUAUUUGUCUCUCCCAAAGUCUACGCGAUUAAUCGAGGCAACGGAAGCGGGCUUCAAAUACAAUUCGCAGGGUUAGCUACUCAGCAGGAGAUCAUGGAGUGUUCCAGGGCAAUGGCCCAGAUGUGGCCCAAAUAA